UCAUUAAAGCCACAAUUAAGCAUAAAAUAAAGUGAUGCCAUCUAUCCAGAUUUCCCCUAAAUUCACCUAGCCUUUCUCCUACUGAAUAUAGCAUGUCAUUACUUUGCUGUGCUUUUGCAUGGAUUAAGUUCUCUCGCUGCAUGUACCUCUUUCAUUUCAGUAAAUGCAGGCAUUUACCUUCCCACGAAGGGUCAAUCUUGUCUUUUACAUACCAAACUGGGGCCAUGCAAUUUCUCACCCAAAACUGUUAUGCCUACACUGGUGUGUCAGAAAUAAUAUGGGAAAGUGAUCUGUAUGAGCAGUAAUACAGAGAUCAUUUCCACUAGGGCUAACUGAGCUUAAUGACCAUCUAAAAUCUGUUCUCAUUUCUAUGAGAGUAGUUGGUAUUUCUGGUUUGGCAGUGUAAACUAUGUGGCUGAUGAUGGAGUGAGUAUGACACCAUAUUCAUGCAGCACAUUUUCCACCAAGUUGAAAAGUUAUCAAGUGUUUUUGUUACACCUUUUUUAUUCUCCUCCAUCUUUAAUGACAAAGGAAUUAAUACCCUUCAACUUGCUUGCUAUACUGUGUGUAUCCAACACAUUACUACAUCAGUCUUCAUAAAGGCUACAUACAAAAUGUAUGCUUCACUUCCCAAAAUUCAGUCACCUUUAACUACUCACAAUAUUUGAACUUCAGACAUAGGAAAAGUACCACUUUUCAUUGGUCUUGACUGUCAAAAAGUUUUACUAUCAAAAAUAGCCAAGUUUUACUCAUACUUGGAUUAAGCAUACUUGGCUACAUUUGGCACAGAUAAAGACAUUGAAACAAAAUGCACGGUGGGGAGCAAACCUGAUCUGCUACCGCAAUUCUUACAUUAAUUUACUUUCACUUGACAUCACACAAGCCCCAAAGGUUUCUUUCCCUAGGCAAUAAAACACAUUUGUAUGAAUGCAUCAGUCCAUGCUUAAAGCAGUAAACAACAGCAAUAGAAGAGUGAUGAAAAAGACUGUUUGGGGGAAUGAAUGUGUGAAAACCCCCAGCCCGAAACACAUGAAAGUGAAUUACUGCAAGGAAUAUUGCAACUGGAUGGCAAUCAACGCUGUCAGCCAAUUUUGGUCGUGCACUCUGAACAGUAAUUCAGAAGCCCACGAACAUUUCUCCUCUCCUAAGGCUGUGACCUGUGCUGAACGGAGCAGCUUUUUCACCUUGUGCCGUGAGAGAUCACGGACCGAAGCAGUUUCAUUAGUUUUGCCAUUUCUUACGUUUUUAAUGAACUAUUGCCGGCUGCGAGCAUUUAAAACAACAACGGACAAACAAAAGCCUCGACACUGCUCGAGAAGCCGCAAGUUUUCCCUUUCCGUUCGCCUGACUUGCGGCGCUGCGGUCGCGCUGGGGACGCUCCGGAGGGCCGAAAGCUGCUCCCAGGGAAGAGUCCCGCGGCCCCCAUGGGGCGGGAGUGCUCCCAUGAAGGCGGGAAUGCUCCCACCCACGAUCGCAGGAUUGCUCCAGGCUCGCGGGCAGGGCCCGGGACCGCGGACGAGCCGGCAGGACAAUGCCUGGCGGGACGCGCAGUCUCCCACCGGCUCGCCCAGCGCGGACUACGCUUCCCGUGAGGCCGCGCGGCAGAGCGCGGGCUGCCGUGUGCGUCACGGCGCGAGCAGCCAAUCGCGGCGCGGCCGGGGCGAGCGCCGUCCGCCGCCAAUGUUGUUUUCGCUGAGUCGAGGCGCUGGUGUUGUUGGCGGCGGCGCCAUAUUGGAAGGGACGAGCGCCCGCUCUCGAGCAGCCCCUGGGCGCGGGCCCGGCCGCCGCCAUGCUGUACCUGGAGGACUAUCUGGAGAUGAUCGAGCAGCUUCCCAUGGAUCUGCGCGACAGGUUCACCGAGAUGCGCGAGAUGGACCUGCAGGUGCAGAGAGAACAUUUUGUUUCCUGCUCAGUUUGUAACUGGCUAGAAUGUUCCAAAGUCAGCAGUCUAGAGCCCUGGGUGAGGAGUUUGGGUCGUGCUUUAAGUCACUACCACUGCUCUUAGGGACAAAAAACCUUUAGAACUUGGAGUCCUGCCUGUCCCAUGCUGGAGAGCACAAGAACCUUGAUGAGAAUCCUACCAGAAUGCAAUUCUGCUUCUUGGAAAUUAAGAUGCAAUGGAUCAGCUUGAACAGAGGGUAAAUGAGUUUUUUAUGAAUGCAAAGAAAAACAAACCUGAAUGGAGAGAAGAACAAAUGACAUCAAUCAAAAAAGAUUAUUAUAAGGCUUUGGAAGAUGCAGAUGAAAAAGUACAACUGGCUAAUCAAAUAUACGAUCUGGUAGACCGUCAUUUAAGAAAAUUGGACCAGGAACUCGCUAAAUUUAAAAUGGAACUUGAAGCAGAUAAUGCUGGAAUUACAGAAAUAUUAGAGAGACGGUCACUGGAGCUGGAUACACCAGCACAGCCUGUGAAUAACCAUCACUCCCAUUCUCACACUCCAGUAGAGAAAAGGAAACACAAUCCAUCUUCUCACCAUAGUACAACAGAUCAUGUUCCUGAAAAGAAGUUCAAAUCUGAAGCCCUUUUAUCUACCCUGACUUCAGACGCUUCUAAAGAAAAUACACCAGGGUGUCGAAACAGUAAUUCAUCAUCCUCUUCAAACAAUGCAUACAAUACAAACUCUUCUCAACCAUUGGCAUCAUAUAACCUGGGCUCAUUAUCUUCAGGAUCCGGGGCCGGUGCAAUUACCAUGGCAGCAGCUCAAGCAGUGCAAGCCACGGCACAGAUGAAGGAGGGAAGACGAACAUCCAGUCUAAAAGCCAGCUAUGAAGCAUUUAAGAACAAUGAUUUUCAGCUUGGAAGAGAAUUUUCAUUGUCCAGAGAUUCAGCUGGAUAUUCAUCAUCAGCUCUGGCAUCUACAUUAACGCAGACGUUAAGUUCAUCAACCACAGAUUCACGAAGUGGUAGAAAAAGCAAAAACAACAACAAAUCCUCAAGUCAGCAAUCCUCAUCAUCAUCAUCUUCUUCCUCUCUAUCAUCAUGUUCUUCUUCAUCUGCACUGGCACAAGAACUGUCUCAGCAAACAGCAGUAAUACCAGAGUCUGAUUCUAAUAGCCAGGUUGAUUGGACCUAUGAUCCAAAUGAGCCACGUUACUGUAUUUGUAAUCAGGUGUCCUAUGGUGAAAUGGUAGGCUGUGAUAACCAAGAUUGCCCUAUUGAGUGGUUCCACUAUGGAUGUGUUGGACUGACAGAAGCACCGAAAGGGAAAUGGUACUGUCCACAGUGUACAGCUGCAAUGAAGAGAAGAGGCAGUAGACAUAAAUAAGUUUCUUCAUCUGGAAAAGAAUUGCAUACUAAAGGUUUUAUAAAGGACUUGGGAGGAGAGGGGCAACUCUCACCACACUUCCUUGCAACCACUGAAGAGUAACAUAGCAAUCAUAGAAUGGUAUGGUUGGAAAGGACUGUAAAGAUCUUCUAGUUCCAGCCCCCAGUCAUAAGAUCUUGAACUAUUGGUUUUGCUAAGUCAUGUUUUAAUAUUGUAGGUAAAUUAUUUACGCACCUUGAUGUGCUACAGAUACUAUUCCAGUGAGCCUUGGAUUGUUCCAGUGGCCAACAUAUGCAGACAUUUGUACUAUCAAACCAUUUUCUCUAAGCAGUGGGCAUUCUACAAUUACUCAAUCUUCCAAAAAUUCCGGUAAGUCAAGAUUUUAAAUGUAUGUUUUAUAUACAACAGAUAUAUUCUGCUGCAUGUACUGUACUCAAGAGCUGUUACGUAACACUAUGUAUAUUAAUAGUGCAAAAAGUCAGUGCUUCUGAAAGGAAAAAGAGACAGUUUUUAAAAUGCCUUUAUAGCUUUGGUUCUUUAUGAAACUUAAUUCAGCAGGCUGAAGAAAAUGGUUCUUGUAUACAGCGGGCUGUUGUCCUUUAGGGUACUUGAGUAUGUAAAAACAAAAAUAAUGCUGUAGAAUAAAACAAACUUGUGCCAUUAGUCUUUAUAUGUUUCUGCUCCAGAGAAGGCGGGGGCCAUAAGAAGAAAAAAAGGUGUUAAAGUGAUGAUAAAUUUUUAUACCAAAUGUGUUUAUUUUUUUGUGCAAGUAAUCCUUUAAAUUUGAAUUGUAUUAGGUGUAAAAUAAAAGAAUCUCAACUCCUCA